AUGCGCACGGAGAACACGUCAACACGCCGCGGAGAUACUCAGCCAACACCCUCCUUCCACCCUCGAUCCGCAUCCGGGAACCAACAUCCCCGACUCUCUCUCGACGUAACCUUCCGGGCAAUCUUCCGCAUUCUCGUAACUCAAUCUUCGCGCGCGGUUCGUAUUCGGGGGCGCGUCGCCUCCGCGCACGAGGCUGCUGCGGGCGGAGAGGCUAAUGGACGCGGGGACAGGUACAUAAGGCGAGGGGAGGAGAGGUUUCGGACAGAGCUCGGUGCUCUUUCCUUCCCCCCAUCCCCUCCCUCCUCCCAGUCACUGCCUGGCGAUGCUGAGCGUGCCGAGUCCCAGGACGGGCCAAUGCGGGCCGGCGGUCAGCAUGGACUCCCCUCCCUCUCGUCGACGGUCAACGGCACGGCUCGGCCACAUCGAGGGCUAGAAGGACGACGAGCAGCUAUCCAGGCGACACGUAGGCUGCCCCCUCUAGCGGCCGAUGCGCUCCUCUUGUGCCGUGUGCGCCAUUCCCGCCCUCCUCCCCGUCCAUUGGCAUCGACCACCACGCAUGAGCGAGCUGCUCGCCGUCGUCCACUGUGCUACUCUCCCUCCGUACCGGCACCGAGAGCGCGCACGACGUCGACGAGGGGAUUUUGCUCGACAUGCACCUCCUUCCCCCUCGUUAAAGUCGUCUCGUUGGCGUCGUCUACCCCACGUCGGCGCCGCCUGCCGCCCCUCUGCGCUGGGCGGCCGACGCACGCAUGCCGCCAUCCGCUCUCGGCCCCACCACGCCUGCUUGUUGCCGGCGAUACUCGCAAUGCCGCCCUUCUCGACGCAACGCCGCCGCAGACGCUCCUGGUGUCUCCGCCCGACACCUUCGACGCCGUCUUCCUCACCACCGUCCCCUACCGUCUUCUUCACCGCCGUGCCCCACCCUUAGCGUACGCCUGCAGGCCUGAGGUGCGCCGCUCACUCCUGCGUGUCGACCUCUUAUCUGAUUCUCUCCCCAGCGGCGGGCCGUUGAUGAUGGCGGGGGCGGCGACAAAGGAGGAGGAGGACGACGACGACAACGAGAUGAAGGGUCUGGGACGGGAUAUGACGUCGGGGGCGAGACGGGAUGUCGAGGAGAUGGACCUUCGUGACGGGCAGCCAGCGACGAGCCACGAUAGCGCUCGCCACCGCCGCAGGCGAGCUGCUCUCAGACCAUCGCUCACACCGCGUCUCGCGGUCGAUGAGCUGACCCUCGCUCUGGGCUGA